AUGGCAUCGAGCAAACCCUCAUAUCUUGUCGUUGGCGCUGGCGUCUUCGGGGUUUCGACUGCUUACCAUCUUAUCAAGAAGUACCCCGAUCGACAAGUAACUAUUGUCGACCAGGAUGCAUGGGACGCCGACAACCGCGUGGCAGCUUCUUGGGAUUGGAACAAGGUCGUGCGCGCAGAUUACGACGAUGUCAUCUAUUGCAGACUUGCUCUUGAAGCACAAGAUGUCUUCAAGGAGGACCCACUAUGGAAACCAUACUUUCAUGAAACGGGCAUUUUCUGGGUCUGCCGCUCAGAUUACGCACAAGAGGUCAUCGACAACUACAAGAAGCUCGGAAGGGAGGCAGACCUACAGUCUGUAACUAUUGAGGAGGCAAAGAAGUUGUUUGGCGGACUGUUUGAAGAUGCAAACUAUGACGGAGCAAAGAGUGUACUGGUCAACAAGACGAGUGGGUGGGCACAGGCUGGUGAUGCACUAAGAGCAGUGACCAAGUGGUCGAUCGACAACGGCGUCAAGUACAUCACGGAAAAAGUUGAAAGUCUAGCAUUCGACAACACCGGUCGAUGCACAGGUGUCAACACCGAGCAAGGAAACACCAUCUCCGCCACACAUGUCGUCCUAUCAACCGGCGCCUAUACGGCAAAACUUCUCGAGCAGGCCGCCCAGAAAAGUGGCAACAAAGAGCUCCGUUCUGGAUCGAGAAUUGUUGCUGGUGGUAUCACGACCGGCAUGACCACUCUGGACGAAAAGUCGUACGAACGCUUCAAGGACAUGCCCGUUGGUGUCCAAGGCUAUACCGCCGCCUACGGACCGUUUAUCGGCAGUCUGCCACCUACCAAAGACCGCGAGCUCAAGUGGUGGGGCGAGAAGAUCUUCAAGAACACUCACGAAGUACUUCCUGGUCGAUUCGUCUCCGCACCGCCAUCAGGCAAGGACUACAACCAAUGGGAUGUUCCAAGCCCAUUGAAGCUAGACAUUGCCCAUGCGAAUGACGUCUUCUACGGCAAGAAGGGCGCGAACUGGAAGAUGGACAAGCACCGGAUUUGCUGGGACGCUUUCACCACUUCUUCCGACUUCAUCAUCUCGCCUCAUGCCGGCGCCAAGGGCCUAUACGUCGCAACAUGUGGAUCCUUCCACGGCUACAAGUUCUUCCCCGUACUCGGAAAGUACGUCAUUCAAAUGUUGGAAGACGAUCUAGAGCCGGAACUAAAGGAGAAGUGGGCCUGGGACCGCGAGAGGCCCGCACCGAGCCUUAACCCAGACUGGCCGAGGUUUGAAAUGGCCGAUUUGAUGGAUCAGUGGCCAAAGGCCAAAUUGUAA